CCCCAUCCGUUAUUCUGUUGGGACUCCCCGCUACUUCAAUCUCCGGCACACGUUAACCUGCUCAACUGCUUCCAACCGGAAGACGACACGCGUGUGUGCACCAGUGGGAACCGGCGUCUCGUCGGUUGCUUUAUAUUGUUCCGGGGGACCAUCGCAUCUUGCUUCUUCUUCUCCACCUCCUCCUCCGGCUUGCAUCGAUUCUUCUACUUGCAAGGAGUCGUCUUAGUGGCGGAGGUGGUGGAAUUAUAAUCGUUGCCUCUCUCCCCACAUCGGGAAGUGAGGAGUCGGUGGAGGCGGAGGAGGUGGGAGCGGCGCACCGGAUUCCCCUUAUCCCCUCCCGCAUCCCUAUGCCUAUUUAAUCCCCCAAUAGGACGAUGCGGAUGCCGAAGAGGCCCCUUGUCGCCGCUCUCUACUCUUCUGCUUCCGCCGCCUCCUCCUCCUCCUCCUCCUCCACCGCCCUCCUCCUCUUCCGCCCUCGCGCUCCCCAUCCCCCCCCUCACCGCUACCUUCCAAGAACAGGGUACAGCCGGUCGGUGUGGAACGGAUCGAUGGAGGGGAUUGGGGUGGACGAGAAGAGGCCCUUGGCAGUCGAUUUGGGUCCCUGCAAUGCCGCCGAUGGUGGAGACCGGCGGAUUUGGUCGUCCCGGGAGUGGGGGCAGAAGAUUGCCACGGGGAAGCGUAUUUUCUGUAAUCGAUCGCUGAAUAUGAAGAAUAUUAUCGCGGUUGGGUUCGACAUGGACUACACGCUGGCACAGUACAAGCCAGAGACGUUCGAGUCGAUGGCCUAUGAUGGAACGGUCAAGAAACUGGUUUAUAAUCUGGGGUAUCCUCAUGAGAUAUUGGAAUGGACAUUUGAUUCGAAGUACAUGGUCAGGGGUUUGGUUCUUGAUAAGAAGAGGGGCAAUAUUUUAAAGAUGGACCGACACAAGUAUGUAAAAGUGGCAUACCAUGGGUUUAGGGAGAUGUCUAAGGAAGAAAAAGUUUCAACUUAUGGAAAUACAUUAGUUCGUGAUUCCUUCGACGAGCCUGAUUAUGCUUUGAUUGACACUUUGUUCUCUCUAGCCGAAGCAUAUCUGUUUGCUCAGCUUGUUGACUUUAUGGAUAAGAACCCUGCAAAAUUUACUUCUGGGGUUGACUAUAUUCGAAUGUAUAAAGAUGUAAGGGCAGCAGUUGACUUGUGCCAUCGUGAUGGAACUUUGAAACAAAUGGUUGCGAAGGAUCCUGGAAGGUAUAUUAAUGAAGAUCUAUCAAUUGUUCCAAUGCUUAGAAUGCUUCGAGAUUCAGGCCGUUCCACCUUUUUGGUCACAAAUAGUUUGUGGGACUACACGAACGUUGUUAUGAAUUAUCUCUGUGGGAACUGUAACUCAAAUUGUGACUCUGCUGGUUGUGACUCUGCUGGAAACUAUGAAUGGCUUCAAAACUUUGAUGUGGUUAUAACAGGCAGCUCAAAGCCAAGUUUCUUUCAUGAAGAAAAUCGUGCAAACCUUUUUGAAGUGGAAUCUGAAACUGGAAUGCUGCUUAAUACUGAUAAUGGGACUCUAGUUCCUCAGGUAGGAAGUACCUCCCCAAGAUUGCCUCCAAACCACUUAAAAAAGGCAUGCAGAGUUUUCCAGGGAGGUAAUGUUGCACAUCUUCAUAAGCUGCUGUCAAUUGCUUCAAGUUCCCAGGUUCUUUACGUUGGAGACCACAUCUAUGGAGAUAUUUUGCGAAGCAAGAAAGUGCUUGGUUGGAGAACGAUGCUCGUUGUUCCAGAACUUGAGCAAGAGGUUGAGCUUCUUUGUCGAUCAAGGGAAAUGCGUAAGAAGCUUCGACAGUUAAGGCUAGAACGUGAUCUUGUUGAGGACAAAAUUCAUCACCUAAAAUGGUCUCUCAAGUUUGAUAUUUUGGAUGCAAAUGAGGAACAGAGCUUAUCGUCCGAACUUCAUAAACUGGAGGUACUAUAUAAUUGGUGGAGCAAUUCUCUUUGUGCCAAUUUGAUAUAUCAGUCGUUGAACUAACUUGCCAGCAAUGAAACCCAUUAUCUUUUUUUUUCGCAAAGGCUAAGGGGCAUAGGAGGGAUUCGAGCCCAAGACUUUGUCAUAUUCUAUUAAAGUCUUUACCAGCUAGGCUGGCUAGCACCUUCAGGAAACUCACUAUCGUUUAGAUUAGUUCUAAGAGAUGUAAUGUGAAGUUACCUAUCAAGGUUACACCAUGUGCUUUAUGCAAUUCUGGUCACUUUCAUUAUCAUUUUUAGCACAAACUUUGUAUCUAUCAUCUAUGGUUUUGCAAUCUUCCUUUGCCUAGAUGAUCAUUUUUGUUGUUGAAAACCAUGCUAAUAUAUGUUUCUCUUUGUGUUUAGACCUUGUUCAGUUAUUAUAUGCAAAUUGUUUGAGCUAUUUUUGAAAAUUUGUCAGUUAUGUACAUCUUUUUCUCCAAAAUAUCUGUUUCUUUUUGUCAUUAUUUUGGUUGCUAGAUCAGCAGGCUAAGUCGUAAUCAUCCUUCUAUCUUUUUUGCUGCUUUUUGGUCUGAUCUAACAAUAUAAGGUCGUAAUAUUUUCAAAUUAAAUAAAAAUAUCUUUAUGAUUUGUCUCUAAUACCUCACUCCUGCCUUCUUCCUUUCUUGCAUGGUGUAUUACUCAAU